UAUACUAAAUUUAUUCAGGAAACCUGGCUAUCGGUAGCCCAAUAAUUUAUAAAUGGACAAAUGUUUUAUUUCAUUCAAAUUGAAAAUUUAUUGCAUCCUAUUUCCAGAUGUUGCCUAACACGACAGGACACUAUCCUUAUAGAAAACAUUCGAGAAAUAUCAAUGCUUCAAAUGUAGUACACAUAAUUAAAAAAAAUUCACAGCGGUUAGCCUAAAAUUAAAAACUUAUAAUCAAUUCAUUUCUUUUGCUGACAUCUUUAAUAUAGUUUUUAAUAUAGUUAUCUUUUUACUCGAUAUUGCAAAGAUAAAGAUUUUCAUAUUGGUACUUGCGCAAUAUAAAUGUAAUAAAUUAUUAAUUAUUAUUUCUAUAAUUGAAAGAGUACGGUGUCUAGACGAAGCCUUCCAAAGUAUGAAUUCGUACACUUUUCAUUUUUCAGGUAAUGAGAGAAUCAUCGAAACAUUAGCAAAAUGAGGCUUACUUGCCUCGUGUUAUACUUCAACUGUCUCGUUGCCGUAGCAACAUCAAGCGAGCAAUCCUUCUGUCCAGCAUCUAUCCAUUCAGUAGGCGCCCCUAUCACUCAAGUUGGUCUUGUCCUGCGGAGCAGACAUGUCAAGAAGCGUCUUCAGGGGCAAAGUCAGAUAUCAUGCAGUCUGCGAUGUCAGCAGCAAGACUGGUGCAUAUCGGUGAACUUCGAAGUGUCUCGACCUGAAGCAGGGGCCUGCGAGUUAAACACAUACGGGGUCGAGACGUUGGACGAAGCAAAUCCAAACAAUUCAGAGUUCGAAAAGAAAAAAGGAUGGAUAUACUCACAGUUAAGGUCUGCUGAGUUCACACAAAGCCUACACGCCUGUAAAGAUGGUUCGUUCACUUGUUCAAAUGGAGGAACAUGUGAGGUGGAUUGCAAAACUUUCCGCCCUAGAUGCCAUUGCCCUGCUGGCUUUUCUGGAGACAAGUGUGAAAAUAAUGAUGACGAAUGCAAGAGCAGCCAAUGUAAGAAUGGAGGAACGUGUGUAGACGGGAUCAACCGGUACUCCUGUACGUGCGUGGCAGGGUUUACAGGCAAAAACUGUGAGACGGACAUUGACGAAUGCGCUGGUAAUCCUUGUGCUAACGGAGGGACUUGUAAGGAUGGAAUCAAUGGCUUCACCUGCGAAUGCCCUGUUGGUUACAGUGGAAGUACCUGCGAAAUUGACAUUGACGAAUGCUCUGGUAAUCCUUGUGCUAACGGAGGGACUUGUAAGGAUGGAAUCAAUGGCUUCACCUGCGAAUGCCCUGUUGGUUACAGUGGAAGCACCUGCGAAAUUGACAUUAACGAAUGCGCUGGUAAUCCUUGUGCUAACGGAGGGACUUGUAAGGAUGGAAUCAAUGGCUUCACCUGCGAAUGCCCUGUUGGUUACAGUGGAAGCACCUGCGAAAUUGACAUUGACGAAUGCGCUGGUAAUCCUUGUGCUAACGGAGGGACUUGCAAAGAUGGAAUCAAUGGCUUUACCUGCGAAUGUGCUGUUGGUUACAAUGGGAGAACCUGCGAAAUUGAUAUUGAUGAGUGCGCUAGCGGUCCCUGUCAGAACGGAGCAACAUGCAAUGACGGCGUUAACAACUACACGUGCUCAUGCAUACCUGGAUUCAACGGCACAAACUGCGAGACGAAUAUUGAUGAAUGCGCUAGUGGUCCCUGUCAGAACGGAGCUACAUGCAAUGACGGUGUUAACAACUACACCUGCUUAUGCAUACCCGGAUUCAACGGCACAAACUGCGAGACAAACAUUGACGAAUGCAUUGGUAAUCCUUGUGCUAACGGAGGGACUUGUAAGGAUGGAAUCAAUGGCUUCACCUGCGAAUGCCCUGUUGGUUACAGUGGAAGCACCUGCGAAGGUUGUGAUCUCGCAGCAGUUGGAGUUCAGAACAGAAGUCUCAUCCCAGACGAAAGCUUUUCUGCACCGAACUACUGGCAAGACAAUGUCUUUCCCUCAGACUUCUUUUCACCAAAGAAUGCGCGACUUAACGGGGAUAAGUAUUGGAUUCCUCAAACUGUGUCUGGUACAUUGUACCUCCAGGUUGAUUUGCUGUCGUUGUACAUGAUUUGCGCCGUGGCAACACAAGGCGGAACAAUUUCGCAACGCGAUACAAGAGCCACAAGGUACAAGCUUUCCCUCUCAACAACGGAGUCUUCCUGGCAAAUCUACCAAGAAAGUGGCGCAGACAAGGAGUUUCAAGGGAACUUAGACAAGCCAACAGUUGUUAAGAAUGCCUUGGUAAACAGGCCAACCGCCCGAUACAUCAGAUUCAUACCAACAGCGUGGGACUAUUGGCCUGGUUUUCGCGUUGAAGUUUUCGGAAUUCGUCAGUGAAACUAUCGUUUCUUUCCAGUAUCUAGAGACAAAUUAUCACGACUUGAAAAACUCAAUUAUUAUCCAAUACCCAUGUAUUGACUACUGAAAAGGCAGACCCUAAAUUCGUGAGGAGGGAGUUUAAUUUCACGUCCAGGGGAAAGCGUGACUGAGAAUUUACUUCAUUAGUGUGAUUUGUAUUAAUGAUCUCUCCUCGUUAUUGUGAUUUGUAUAAUAAUCUCUCCUCGUUAGUGUGAUUUGUAUAAAUGAUCUCUCCUCGUUUGUGUGAUUUGUAUAAAUGAUCUCUCCUCGUUUGUGUGAUUUGUAUUAAUGAUCUCUCCUCGUUAUUGUGAUUUGUAUAAAUGAUCUCUCCUCGUUAGUGUGAUUUGUAUAAAUGAUCUCUCCUCGUUGUGUGAUUUGUAUAAAUGAUUUCUCCUCGUAGUGUGAUUUGUAUAAAUGAUCUCUCCUCGUUUGUGUGAUUUGUAUAAAUGAUCUCUCCUUGUUUGUGUGAUUUGUAUAAAUGAUCUCUCCUCGUUAGUGUGAUUGUAUAAAUGAUCUCUCCUCGUUAGUGUGAUUUGUAUGAAUAAUCUUUCCUAGUUAGUGUGAUUUGUAUAAAUAAUCUCUCUUCGUUAGUGUGCUUUGUAUAAAUGAUCCCUCCUCGUUAGUGUGAUUUGUAUAAAUGAUUUCUCCUCGUUAGUGUGCUUGGUAUAAAUGAUCUCUCCUCGUUAGUGUGAUUUGUAUAAAUGAUUUCUCCUCGUUAGUGUGAUUUCUAUAAAUUAUCUCUUCUCGUUAGUGUGAUUUGUAUAAAUGAUCUCUCCUCGUUUGUGUGAUUUGUAUAAAUGAUCUCUCCUUGUUUGUGUGAUUUGUAUAAAUGAUCUCUCCUCGUUAGUGUGAUUUGUAUAAAUGAUCUCUCCUCGUUAGUGUGAUUUGUAUGAAUAAUCUUUCCUAGUUAGUGUGAUUUGUAUAAAUGAUCCCUCCCCGUGUAGUGUUAUUUUUAUAAAUGAUUUCUCCUCGUUAGUGUGAUUUGUAUAAAUUAUAUCUCCUUGUUAGUGUGAUUUGAAUAAAUGAUCUCUCCUUGUG